AUGGCAAAAGGUUCAGCUUUAACAUCCAUCCAAAUUUCCCUUUUGCUAUUAGUAGCAAUCUUUGUUUGUUCAGAAGCUAAUCAUCGUGACCGUGAUUAUUGCUGCGGUGGAAAGGAAACAAAGAUUACUGUGUACCUUCAACUGUUUUCAGGCGGACCAAAUGCCACCACUGUCGCAGUUGCCGGCGCCCCUGGUAGGCCGAGAACUCCCACCGAAUUUGGAACCAUUUAUGUUAAUGAUUCUCCCUUUACAGAAAGCAUCAGCAUCAAUUCUCCAACUGUUGGUCGAAGCCAAGGCCUUUAUGUAGCUUCAUCCCGUGAUGGACUUUACUCAUUUGACCCAUUUUCCUUCAUUUUCACCGACGGACAAUACAACGGUAGCACUUUGGAAUUCCAAGGACUAGGAUAUAGCAUACAAAAUACUUCGGUGACUGAAUUUUCA